GCGCAUGAAGAAGCAACAAUGGCGGACACCUCGGAGCUCAAGCAUAUGGUGAUGAGCUUCAGGGUGUCUGAACUACAAGUUUUACUCGGAUAUGCUGGUAGAAAUAAAACAGGACGGAAGCAAGAACUGUUACAAAGAGCAAUACAACUGGUUCAAAAAGGAGCAUCAGUCCCUAUACAGAUCAAAAUACGAGAAUUGUACAAUCAAAUUUUCUCUUCGAGCAGACGGAAGGUUCCUGGACGAACUGAGGAUGAAGGGCUACCAGGCGGGUAUAACAUAUACGGUGGCCAUGGCUCAAAUGCUACUGACCCAGCUGAAAGCUGCCGAUCAGAAAAGCCCUUUAUGAAAUCACCAGUCAAAUCAGAAGGUCCAAGAUACAGAGGUUCUCGGCCGAUGGACUACUCAACAGCACAGCGCAUGGUGGAACAGCCCAGCACUAUGGGAAUUCCUGUCCACCCAGACGUACGCCUCAAACAUCUCGCCUUUUACGACUGUAUUACAGAACUCAUGAAGCCCACAAGUCUUGUGCCAAGAGGGACGUCAAAGUUCCAGGAAACACAUUUCAAUUUUCAUUUAACACCACAACAGGCACAAGAUAUUGCGAUGUCCAGAGAUUUCAGACCAGGUGCUAAGUAUGAAUUCAUAACACAAAUCCAACUAAGGUUUAGUUUAUUAGAAACAACCUGUGAACAGGAUGAUAACUUCCCACCCAAUAUUUGUGUGCGGAUCAAUGGUAAAAUGGCACCAUUGCCGAACCCCAUUCCAACGACCAAACCGGGUGUGGAGCCCAAGAGACCUGGUAGGCCUGUGGAUAUCACCCCUCAGUGUCGACUCUCUCCCACGAUGGCAAAUCAGGUGGAAAUUUCAUGGGCCACCGACUUCAACAGGGGUUACUGUGUUGCAAUAUAUUUAGUGAAGCGGUUGUCGUCUGAUACCUUAUUACAGCGACUUAAACAGUUUGGAAGUCGGCAUGCUGAUCACACCAGAGCUUUAAUUAAAGAAAAGUUGGCUCAUGACCAAGACAGUGAAAUAGCAACUACUAGUCUCCGGGUAUCCUUACUAUGUCCGCUUGGGAAGAUGAGGAUAACCAUACCGAUACGAGCAAGUUCUUGUACACAUCUACAGACGUUUGACGCCAUCACCUUCCUGAUGAUGAACGAAAAGAAACCGACGUGGAUGUGUCCUGUUUGUGAUAAAAUCGCACCUUUUCAUAAACUAUUUAUUGAUGGAUUAUUUGUGGAGAUCCUAAAACAGGCCACAGAUGACGAGAUUCAGUUCACAGAGGAUGGCAACUGGUGUCAUCUACAGCGGAACAAAGAGACACAUGUGAUACCUAGUCCUAUCAUCAAAAAGCCUGCAGCUACUGUAGUGGCCGAAACUUCAGAAUCACCGACGAAGCGACAAAAAAUGGAUGUAAUAGAUUUAACAGAAGACAGUUCAGAUGAAGACGGUCAAUCAUCAUUUCAGACCAGCUCUCACGGGUAUCAGACUACAGGGUGUGUUAGUCCGCCGGUCAUCAGUCUCGACUCCCCAACACCGGCCCCCUCCUCCAUCUCCUCUACAGAGUCACCACUGGUAUCAUCGCCCUGUUCCAAUUCGUCCUCCUCCUCUACCUCCCCUUCAGCAUCCGCCUCCCCUGGGGCGUCGUCCAGCACUACACAGCCCCUGUCUGCCCCCACCACACCUCUCCAACACUCACGUUCACCAUCACCCAUACACUCGCCCAGCUCACAAUCCAGUCACAGUGAAGCACAGUCCAGUCACAGUGAGGCACCGUCUCCCAGCGACUCUCAGCAGUCUACUGGCUCCUCGCCAGCACGGUCUAACCAUACAUCCCCGCAGCAGUCACCCAUAGGUGUGCGGGUGUCACCGGUCACCCCACCCUCCUCUGCACCAUCCUUCCCUCCUUUUCAGCCUUUUCAGCCCUCAGUGCAUCCCAUUACCUAUCCACCUUUCCCAAUGGCAAAUUAUGAUGCAGACUUUGAUGAAUUUUUACGAGGUAUUGUACCUUGGGACCAGUACCGGUAGCCCCUUCUGUCUGGGAGGCCAUUGUUUUGUUAUUGUUAUUACAAAGGAAACAGUUAAUUGUUUGUACUAAAGCAGCUGGUCAGGAGAGCUGAGAACUAUUUUUUACAGUUUUAAUUUUCAACUGUUUUAGUACUUGCUGUUAAGUGAUUCAUCUGCACACAGUUCAUAUUAUUUAAGUAUUGAAGAUUUCAUAUAAUGCAUGGGUCCAGAUCAACUAGAGGUAUAUUUUGACAGAAAAGUUAAAAUAUUCAUCUGUUUCAAAACUCGUUACACUCAAAAUCAAACUAGGUAUAAAAAAACAAGCAAUUGUUUAGCUGGUCAGAUCCAGGUAAACAGGUAAAAUUUAAUCGAGUUAAACUUUUUGAGGCUGUAACUCUUCAUUCACUCUGGUUAUUCUGGACCUUUGCUCAUUUGUGACACAGAGGUCGGUGCUUUUGAAUUGUCCACACACAGUACAAUAAGACACACUUGACAUUAAUAGCAGCAGGAAGACCUGUGAAAUAGAACAUUUGAUACUGUAUAGACAGGUUUAUUGGUUUCCAAUAUAUGUCUAUAGGUAAACGCUGUAUAAAUAUAUAGUGAUUCUCUUGAUGUAUGCAAAUGCGUAUGAAUGCUUUGUAUGUGUUGAAAAGUAUGAGAAUGACAGUUGAUAAAGUAUGAUUUUGGAGGUAUGACUGUUUUUCAUAUGUUCACAAUAUCAGGUAUCUUAUACACGGCCAUCCAUAAAAAAUAUACACACUCUUUUCAAUUGUUGAAAAUUUUGAAAUUUUGAAUUUCAAUUUUGAAAUUUCUUGUAGAUUUAAUAUUAAUUUGUCAGUGACAAUGGCAAAUUUUUAUCAAAAUUACUCGUCACAAGGAAGUUUCAGGGAGAGUCAAGGGAGGGACCUAUUUUACAAGGUAUUUUGAAAAUGUUUACAAAAAAACUUUUUUUAAAUGAUGUACCAUAACAUCAUACCUUAAAAAAAUGUUAUUUUUCGAAAAUAUGCUCUCAAAUUAACGAAAUUUCUAAAAAGACAUAAUAUUGCUAAAAUAUUACAUUUUAAUGCUUUGUAGAUCAGCAAUAACUGUAUCAAGUAUCCAUAGACAAGUUAUCAGACAAAAAAUUACAAUACAUGUCAACAAUAGUCAUAUUUACAGAAUUUCAAAAUGUCUUUUAAGUGUAUAGGAACGUAUGGAUGGCAUUGUAAUGUGUUACAAAUAUAAAUUGUUUCCACCUCACCAGUCAUAUUCUCAGCAGGAGAUUUGUCUGAUAGAAUAAACGUUUCUGCCAAUUUUUUUAACCUGAAGCAGCAUUAUUUUAAUUAUGUAAUUGAGGAGUUUUAAAUAAUUUUAGAGAAGAGGGAACAAUUGUGUAUAUUAUACAAGAUAAAUCAUGGCUUUUUCUUGGUCUAUAAACUAGCUACCACACCCAUAGCAUAAUCUCAACCUUAAACCUUUAGUUUUCCACAGUUCCAAGCUAAAACCCAAUAUCAUUUACACAAAUAUGAGGAAGUCUGAAAAGUAUGAUGUUUAGUUAAAUUGUUUUUUAGAUCAAAAUAUUUCGGGUGGAACACUAUACAAAUUAUGGGUCAAUUUUCUGUAGAGUAUAAAGCAUCUUAUCUAUUAGCUUGCCUUAGAAUAGAGGUGUGCGGUACUCACAACAGUAACAGGUGUUAAUGUCAGUAUUGUGAUUCAUUGGUGAAGGCUUCACUGAUUUUUGUGCAUGCAUUGUUUGUAAAUUCAGUAUUCCAAAAGAUUUAGCAUGGGACAUUUCCUAGGUGUCUUAACACUGCUGAAAGUAUGGUCAAAAUAGAAACUAACCUAGGUCUUGUUUUUCUGAAUUUCCUGUAUAAAGAUUUUUUUUUCAAAUCAAGUAAGGAAGCUCUCCAACAAAUCUUGUUUACAUUCCCCUUUCCUUUGAACAAAUUAAGCUAAUGGAAACUAAACUAAAUAUUGCUAUUGAAAACGGACAGUGCAUGUGAGAAAAUUGAAUGCUAAUAUUUGUUUAAAGUGAUUUCAAAAGAAGGGAAAACAAAAUCUUCAUGACCAGGCUCAGAUACACACUGAAAGCUGGAUGCUGGAUGACAAAAAAAAACAGCCUGUUAUUUAUCAAUUCUGAACUAGCUACUAUCUUAAAACAGCUAGCCUCCUGUCUGAAAGCAUAAUAAUUGAUGUUGCAGUGAUUAAAUAAUAUUUAGGUACCAUCUUGAUGGUAUCAUGGUGGAUUCUUACACCUGUUUUAUCCAAUAUAUCUUAUGUGUGAAAUUAUUUUACUGUGUCAUUACUUAUACAGUACAGCAAUCCUUGCUUUGAAGUCUGUUCUUAUCACAGAGAUGAAAAUCUUCAGCUGAUUGGCUGAUUCCAGCUUUUGUUAGCUCUCAAACAAUGGCUAAUUCUGUGUAAAGUUUUCACUAAAUAAAUAAAUUUCAGCUUUCUUAAGAUUUCCCAUUUUCAUCUCUGUUAUCACAACUUUCUGCAUCAGUCAGUGUGACUUCUCGUAUAAGAUCAAGGAGCAUUUGGAGGAAAUAUUUAUUAUUAUAUGUAUUUGAGAAAAUAACCAAUUUUAACAUAACUUCAUGAAAUACUAAAGAAUACCAUGGAUCAGGGUUUUCAAGCCAAAAUCAAAGUCAAAGUCAAUUAAUUAUGGAAAUAUUAUGUACUCUAGCAAGUUGCAAUUUUCUAAUUCUUCUGAACAAAAAUUAAGUUGUAUAGACUUGUAGAGAAAUAUUCAGAAGUUCUUCAUGUCCUUCAGUAAGCUUGUUAAUGUUUAUGUUGCUCUCGCCCCAUGUUCUUUGUGGAGAAAUGUGGUAAUUAUGAGAGAACAGAAGUUCCAGUUUAAGAGCGACCUAGCAGGGUGGAUAGUACUGACAAGAUACAUGUUAUCUAAUAGGAUCAUCUACAUUUAAUAGGGCAUUUUUGUCGUUUGCUUCAGGAUUUUGGAUAUAAUCUUUUCUAAGUCUGCAUUCCAAAACACAAAGAAUUGAAAUGAUAAUGCUAAUUAGGCUUUGGUUAAUUAGUUGAUAACAUAAUUGAAAAAUAACAUUGCAUGAACUUACAACACUGACAUUAUACUGUGAUUAGAUUUCUUAGUUUUCAGGGGAGAUAACUCGAUGAACUCUGUAGUAUACCUCCUUAAGUAGUCCAGAACUUACUGAGAAAGUGGAAGUGACAGAUGUAGUACUAGAUCAUACUAACUUCAUCUUAACUCACACUUUAACCUGUACAAUGUAGUGACACAUACCUAUAAAGGCUUUUAACAUUCAGUGGUGCAAUGAUCCAGAUAUCUCACUUGCUUUAUAUCCAGAUUUGGGAAUUUUUUACAAUCCAUUUUGAUAUAGUUUGCUCCUGAUAGUACUUUCUAUGUUUAGUUAAAAUGUAGAAAAUUAUAUUUGAUAUAUUUCUUAGUACUUAAAAUUCUGGAUGCGACUUAAUUUACGAUAUGAUUUAGUUAACAGAGACACAAAUUUUAAAUUUGUUUAAAAUGAAUUGUCACAUUUGAUGUCUAUUGUGAAUUAGAGUCACAAUUUAUACACUUUUGUUGCAUGUAUUUUUCAAAACAUCCCCAAAUUUGUAGCCGCCCCUCUUGUCCAAAUCUUAUUCUCCAGUCCCCAAGGAAAGUGGUAGGUAUUUUUCAGGCUUUGUUUUAGCCAUGCUUCUGUUCUCUGUUCAGUUUAGGGAAAACAGUUUUAGUAUUAAAGUACUUGUUCUUACAUUGUUACAGUUACAAUUAUGCCAUGUUUUUUUUUGUCGUGGCAAGUUUUGCAUGAGUUGAUUAGGGCAUGAGAGCUCGGCCCAUAAUGUUGUCCGCUUCGUACUAACCCAGUGCUGUCUGUGUGCUCUUGUGUUGGGUUAACUUUGGACGGUCAAUUCAUAUAUCAUAAUUAGCAUGGUAUAUAGUGCACCUCAUCCUAAUUUUAAAAAGUCACCAUUUCGAUCAUUUUCAUAAUCAUUAGAAACAUUUCUGUAUUUACUUUUUUAUGCUUUUCUUCAAGUACAGUACUGUAUGAAUGAAUUCUACUUUAUUUAUUUAUUUUUCAUUUAUUUUUUUUUUUAAAUCCAGACAUUAUAAUUAAUCUGAUAUUAAGUUCUUCAGAAAGUUUAUCACACAUACACACUACCUUUUAAACAAAUUUACAGAUUUCAUUCAGGUCUUAAGAGACAUUCAAUUGUGCCUUCAAUUUCAUUGAUUUUUUCAGAGAAUGGAAAUGUGUGAAAAUUAUGGUGAAACAUACUUUUAAUUAUUUCUAGUUUUUAUCAUUUCAAUAUAUAGGCAAUAAAUUUGAUUGUUCAAACCAUGUUACACAAACAUCGCAUAUAAAUUUAUUGGAGGAGGUUGUGAAUAUUGUGUACGAACAGAAAAGCUGAAUGAUCCUUGAAUGAUUAUUUUAGUUAUUUUUAUUUCCAUUAUGUUGACUACAAAAGCUAAUCAGGAAUUUAAAAACAGAUAUAACUUAUCAAGUUUUAGAAGUGUGUGACCGGUGCAGUGUGAGAGUCAGGAAUGCGUUAGAUAUGCAGAAAUUUCACCUUACUUUUGAAUAGUUUCUUCAAAUAAUUUAGAACUCUAAUUUUCAAAUCUUAUAAAUUUUGCAAACUGUGAAUACUUUCAUUUUGUACUCGACUGUUAUAAGUUUUUGGAGAGAGAAACACUAUGAAUUAUAUAUGGCAUGAAUGAGGUUUAGUAUUCUAUUUCCAUCAUAUUGGGUUUGAUAUGAUGGAUAGAUCAAGGGGGGAGAUCUCACACUUGUAAAAUUGUGUAUAACUGAUGUAAAAAUAAGAUAUUGUCAUUAAAGUUUGUUAUAAAUAUGAAAAAAAA